CCGCCGCUGGACGAUAGAACGGCUGCAGCCGUCAAGCAAGUUAAUGCAGCCCGCGAGGGCCUUUUCCAGGCAGCCUUGCUUGCUGCGUGCACGAACAUCGGUCUGGCUGUGCACAGUGGAGACGCCAUGGCAGUGGCGGUCAAUGCUUCCAGAGCCGCUGAGAUCAUGGGUGCCAUUGUGGCCUCAGCAGUGCCCGUGGACUCUCGCAGCAAGGUCCUCGGCAUCACCAACGAGGUAGUGCAGCACCUAAACGCUAGCCCCACUUCAUUGCUGAUGUACGACGGCGACGACGAACGCGGUGAAGCUGUUGCAGAGAUGGCCCGGGCGGUAAAAAAUGCGGAUGCGAAGCUG